GGAGUUACCAGUUCGUGAAUUAGCAUCACAAGGUCGCGGCAUGACAGUGGCACCACACCAGUCGGAAUUCUCACGAGAGUAAACGAAUUCAUCUCCUCGUUCACACUCAGGAAAGGCCUCCUUCUACUGCCUAGAAUGCUGACCCGCGUGGCCACCCGGCGCUGGGCCGUCGCCGCGGCUGGAAGGCUCCUCACGAGAAACUUUACUUCGUCGUGCCCGAAGCCCUACGUCGUCCCCGAGGGCAAUGCAGGAAAAAAUUGGGCAGCGCGCUUGGAACUCGCAGCAGCUUACAGAGGCCUCGACCUGUUAGGCCUAAACGAGGGCGUCUCGAACCACCUGAGCGUCGUGGCUCCUCGGCAGAACGGCGAAGGAGAGGUCAUGCUCGUGUUUCGCGAAGGACUCCACUGGAAGGAGGUGACAGCAAGUAACCUGUUGGGCCUUGACAUGUCAGCGAAGACGGUCGAGGGGGAGGGAUCGCCUGACAUCACAGCUUCCUGCAUCCACCUGGCUGUACAUCAAAGGCGGCCGGACGUCAGAGUGAUCAUGCACACGCACCAGCCGUAUGUCUCUGCCCUCGCGGCCCUCGAGGACUGCGAGCUCCGGAUGGUCCACCAGAAUUCAAUAAGGUUUUGGGACCGCGUGGCUUACGACCUCCACUACGGCGGCGUCGCCUUCUCGUCUGAGGAAGGCGAGAGGCUUGCCCGAGUCCUGGGAGACAAGGACGUCCUGAUCAUGGGAAAUCAUGGCGUCAUGGUGGUUGCUCCUACCAUUUCCAUGGCCUUUGAGAUGCUCUACUUCCUCGAACGCGCAGCUAUGGUGCAGUUGAAGGCCUUUUCCACCCGACACCCUUUCAAAGAAAUUCCCGAAGAAGUUGUGAAGACCGUUGCUCCCGAGUACAUGAAACGCGCGCAGCAUUAUGCGGACACUCUCUACUACGCCGUUUACCGUGAUCUCCAGCGGACGCAGCCGGACUUUGAGAAGUAGUUUGUCAGGAGAGAGAAGGGCAGAGCGAAGGAAUGAAGGGGUGGAGAAAGGCAGAAGAAAUGGGAAAUCAAGAUAAGAAAUAAAGGAGAUAAGAGCGAUAUCUGGAAGCGCAAGAGACGGAGGAAACGACCGAGCUUCAGGGAGAUAAUUCAUAAAAUCCUAAUAUUCAUCUCAGCGUUUAUGUUAGAACCACAUGGUAACCUCAGUCACUUUACUCAUUUCGCAAACAACUUUUUACUGGCACAAUUAAAAGUACAAGAUAGAUUGGGCAUAUCCUUCCGUUGUUAUAUAUAGUCAUAUUUGCAAUAAAGAAUAUUCAUAAUCAA